AUGUGGGGAUACCCGUCAGUCAUACAGAGCGACAAUGGACCUCCAUUCCAGAGUUCUGGAUUCGUCACAUACUGGGAAGAUAGAGGUGUUAAGGUACAAAAAUCUGUACCACUCAGUCCUCAGAGCAACGGAGCCAUGGAAAGACAAAAUUCAGGUAUCAUCAAAUCCUUGUCUGCGUCGAAAUUGGAAGGAUCAAACUGGCCCCUAGCAUUGCAGCAAUACGUGCACCGGCAUAACACACUAAUUCCGCAUUCCCGACUACUGGUUACCCCUUUUGAACUUAUGGUUGGAUGGAAGUACAAUGGGAAUUUUCCUGGUCUUACGAAAUCAUUUAAUUGCUGCGAUUCCAGCAAACUUGAUCGCACAACUAUUUAUGAGCGGGAUACCGAAACGAAGCUUGCAUCCAAGCAAUAUGCUGACCGGGUGCGCGGCGCUAAGGAUAGCAAAAUAGACAUUGGCGAUACCGUUUUACUGGUGCACAAGAAAAAGAAUAAAACGGACCCCACCUUUUCAUCGGAACGGUUUGAAGUUGUAGCCAGGGAUGGAGCAAAGGUCGUGCUAAUGAGCAGAUCGGGAAUUCAGUAUGCUAGGAACGUACAAGAUGUAAAACUAGCACCAACUCCGGUUUCGAACCAAUCUGGCGGACUGUCUUAUGAAACAGUUGACUCCGAAAAGCAAGCACAGUAUACACAAGAAGCCACUACUGACGAUUCAGUACCACUUGAAGGAGAGUCCAGGAACCUGCGACAACGGUCCUCUUUGAGACGUCCAGCGAGAUUUGACGAAGAGUACAUUUACCGAGUGUUUUAUUGA